CAAAACUUUGGCUUUGCAUUUGCUUCCACAAGACACAUCAUCUUCAUCGGAAUCCUUUUAUAGUCUUCCAUCAUCAUCCAAUGAUGAUAUAAAUAAAUUGGAAGAAGAAGCAAUACAAACAAUACAAAAUAAUAAUGCAUGGCAUGAUAUAAUUGAUGUUACAUCAACUUCAAGCAGUAGAUUUAUCCCAUCAUUACCAAGCAUAUCAAUAGAUGAAAUAAAAUCCUUUGGAUCAUCUCCUCCAUUAAAUAUUAUAACUGAUUUAAGCUUGAAAAGUCAUAUUGUGAGACUUGUUAAGGAAAAAGAUUUUUGUAAAGCAAUUGAAAACAAUGCUAUGAAGUUUGUGUGGGACUUUGGAAAUCUUCUAGCAGACUCCUUUGAAUGCAACAAUGACCUUGCUGACCUUGAGUUGUCAGAAUUUGGAUAUAGAGAAUUUUUUCUCCAUUAA